GCAAGCCAGGGUACCGCGAACAAAUCGCGCGUCCUCGUCGUUCAGUCGGGUAGGCGCGUUUGUACGGCGUCGGUCUUCGGGACAGCGUUCACGCGUGUUGUGCUCGGUAUCAGCGUCCAGACGACGUCUUCGUAGUUCCUCCAGGUGGGCAAAAGUGUGUCGUGUGUUUUGUUUUUCCUUGGAUAAAGAGAAGUCCGAGGUGGGAGGGAUCGUGAGGGAACCAUGUGCGUCGGUGAUGUACUUUAGUGACUGUUGAAACUACGGGGAAAACGGUUCGCAUCGGUGGAUACGAAGAGAACGACGGAAAGAAAACCGAGAGCGUGCUCGCUACGGCCGGUCAUCGAGCCAAGAAGGCGAAAACCGGAGAAAGAACGAAAGAAACAUGUCGCGAGAGCAAGCUGGCGAAUGCAUCGUACGGGCCUGGGCGAGGCCCCGGCGUCUUUUGUUAUCGUGUCUAUUGCUGUACGGAACUCUCGCGAAUGCAACCAGAUUGAGGCAUUCGAGACACCUGGACACGAGAUCGCAGUUCUCCACUGACGAGGAAUUAACGAUGCAGCAGGUCGAAAAUCACAAUCACAAGCCGGUGUUUUCGAAUUGCUCGAAUUACGCGCCGAUCGUGAAGGAGGAGGAACCAACGGGUACCGUGGUGAUUCAAGUGCACGCUGAGGACAGGGACCAUCCGGACGAGGGAGGUACGAUCACGUACAGCUUCGUAACAGCUCCCGGCGAGAAGCUGAAAUUCGAGAUCAACAACAGGACCGGAUUAAUCAGGACUACUCAAGUGCUGGACAGAGACGAACCAGCUAGGGAAAAGGAAGCUUAUCUGACCGUUCUCGCGACCGACAACGGAAGACCUCAACUGGACGACGUGUGCACGUUCAAAGUCACCAUCGAAGACGUGAACGACAACUCGCCGGUUUUUGACAAAGUGGUCUUCCGUGGAUACGUAUGGAAGGCGUACACCGAGUCUGUGCCGCAAGACUUGCCACUUGGUCGCGAGGUGAUGAGGGUCUCCGCCACCGACAUCGACGACGGCAACAAUUCCGUCGUCUACUACAGCCUGUCGCCGAAGAGGCCGGAAGACGGAGUCUACUUUCGAAUCGAUCGCAACACCGGCGUCAUAUUCCUCAAUAGAACCAUCGACAGGAAUCCGGAUUACAAGUUCAGCAUGACCGCGACGGCGGAGGAUCAGGGCGAGAAUCCCAAGGCGAGCGUGAUCGACCUGGACAUUCGAGUGGUGGAGUCGCACAAAAAGGCACCGGCUUUCUUGCCCAGGCCCUCGGAGCCCAUCAGGCUUCCGGAGAGCUUCAGCGACUUCGAUCAGAGUAUCGUGAGACUUAAGGCCGUCUCGAACAGCGGCGACAACAGUGGCCUCCUUUUCGAGCUCGUCCCCGGCAGAACCGAGCAAACCAACAAAGGGAACACGUUCAGGCUGGAGUCGACCAAGGAUGUGGCGGACAUCAAGCUCGCCCAGCAUCUCGACUACGAGAGCAACACGGUGUACACGUUGAUCGUACGGGUGCAGAACAAGUAUCAGUUGGCUGCAGAGACCGUGAUCGACAUAGAAGUGCUGGACGUGAACGACAAUAUUCCGGUGUUUCGUGAAAUGAAGAAGGGCAGCGUGCUAGAGAACGAACCGCCUGGCGUGCCCGUGAUGCAAGUGCGGGCCAUCGACGCGGAUGGGACAUCAGCGCACAAUCAGGUGACGUACGUGCUGGACAACUUUCGGGAUUUGUUCGCGAUCGACAAGUACACCGGCAACAUCACCACUCUGACGACGUUCGACAGAGAAGUCGAGGACACUUACAACGUGAAGGUGAUCGCCGUGGAUAAUUCGCCUAGCGCCCUGUUCCAAAACGGCGAGCACAACAAAGGUCAGCAGGUGUUCCGUAUCGAGAUAGCGGACAAGAACGACAACGCGCCGCACUUCACCCAAGCCGUCUACACGGCGAACUCGAUCCUCGAGAACGCCAACAUCAACGCCCCGGUCACCGAGGUGAAGGCACUCGAUUCGGACACUGCCAGCCCGGUCACUUACAGCAUCAUAUACGGGAACACCGACGACAGCUUUUACAUCGAGGGCACCACGGGCAAGAUCCGCGUGAACAAGCCUUUGGACUACGAGAAGAUCACGGAAUACAACUUGACGGUCAGGGCCUUCGACGGGCUGUACAACGACACCGCCCAGGUGAAGAUCUUCAUCGAGAACGUCAACGACAAUCCCCCCGUCUUCGAGGACUUUGACAAAAAUCCGACCAUCGAGGAAGAGAAGCUGGUCGAAGGUUGCAUCACCACCGUCGUCGCUUACGAUCCCGAUAUAAAGAACAGAAGCGCCGAUCAGCAUAUCGCGUACUUCAUCGUGAAGGAGGAUCAACAGCCUCUGAUAGGAAUCGACAAGACCGGUUGCAUGACGUUGAAGAAGCCUCUGGAUCGGGACUCGCCGUUAGGCUAUUCGAUGUGGACGGUGAUAGUGAUGGCGCGUGACGAAGACGGAUCGCCGACAGCUUUGCGGGAACUGGUAAUGGUGAACAUCACGUUGAUAGACAUAAACGACAACGCGCCGUUUCUGGACAUGCAGCAACCGGUGGUGUGGCGCGAGAACCGUCCGCCUGGAAAGAUCACGGAGCUGAAGGCCCGGGACUACGAUUCCGACGAGAACGGUCCGCCGUUUCAUUACCGGUUCGACGAAGAAUAUUUGUCCAGGCAUUCGAUCCGCGACGAAAUCAUGUCCAAGUUUUCGAUCCGCGACGGGAAUUUGUACGCGGAGGUAGAGUUCGACAGGGAGGAACGAAAGAGCUACGAGCUUCCUAUCGCGAUCACGGACAGCGGGCAUCCGCCAAUGACGGACACGUCGAUGCUGGUCGUAAUCAUCGGGGACGAGAACGACAAUCCGAUGUCGGAGGGCUCGAGUUCCAUAUUCGUGUACAACUACAAGGGCGAGGCGCCCGACACGAAGAUCGGACGGGUCUACGUGAACGAUGCGGACGACUGGGACCUGCCCGACAAACACUUCGCCUGGGGGAUGAUGCAGAAGGAGGGCUUUCUCUUGAACCAAGAAACCGGUAUGAUCACGAUGCUCUCCGGUACACCGAACGACACUUACGUCCUGAAGUUCAUCGUCACCGAGAGCAGCAAGCACAUACCCGAGCACCGGGUGCACGCUUACGUGAACGUCACCGUGAAGGAGCUGCCCGAGGAGGCGGUGACCAGGUCCGGAUCCGUGCGGUUCGCCGGGAUGAGCGCCGAGGAGUUCGUUGCACCAGACGCAUCUGGCAUCAGCAAGAAGGAGAUUUUUCAGGAGAGGAUCGCUAACAUGUUGAACGCAUCCGUGGAGAACGUGGACGUGUUCACCGUGCUCCACUCGCCCCACCACAACAACAAAAGCCUACUCGACGUCAGGUUCUCCGCGCACGGCAGUCCCUAUUACGCUCCUGAAAGGUUGAACACGAUCCUGGCGGGACGCAUGAAGGAGAUAGAGCGAGAGCUCAAGACGAACGUCCUGCUGGUGAACAUCGACGAGUGUCUGAUUGAGAAGCUGCAUUGCAACGACUCGUGUCGCAGUUUCCUGAACGCCAGCACGGUCCCGUCCGCCGUCUACACGAACACGACCUCGUUCGUCGGCGUACGGGCGGUCGUGGACCCGCAGUGCACCUGCCACGUGGCAGAGCCAAUCGUUUGCUUGAACGGAGGCACCCCGUUGGCGGAGCACUGCGAGUGCCCGCCCGGUUUUGAAGGCCCCAGGUGCGAGCUGCUGGGCAUCGGCUUCCACGGUGACGGAUGGGCCGUCAUGCCACCGCCUGGUCAAGCUUGCGACGACUCCCAUUUGAGUCUCGAGAUAACACCUCACGUGGACAAUGGCCUGGUGUUUUACUUCGGCCCCAUGACCCACAACUCGGAGAUCCAAGACUUCAUGGCUUUGGAGCUUCAGCAUGGGUUCGCGGUGGUUUACAUGGAUUACGGCACGGGCACCGUGAGGCUCGAUCAGAAGCAAAUAAAACUCACCGACGGCAAGAGUCACAGGAUAGACGUCUACUGGACGAAGAACUCGAUCGAGAUGAAAGUGGACAAUUGCGGUAUAUCGGCGUGCAUGAGCCUAACCGCGCCGCAAGGCUCGAACGAGUUCCUGAACGUGAACAGCCCGAUACAGAUCGGAGGUACCCUGACCAACCUGGCGCACCUUGCCUCGCAGUUUGGAUGGGAUCACAAACCGACCGACAGAGGAUUCGUCGGUUGCAUACGCAACAUGACCUUCAACGGAAACACGUAUAAUUUGGGGAUGCCCUCGUUGUCGAGGAACGCGGAUCCAGGUUGCGAUCACAGAAUGGCGAAAGCCGUUUCCUUCGGAAUCGAUACGAACUUUCUGGUCGCUAUACUGGUUUGCGUGGCGAUCUUGUUGAUACUGUUGCUGGCGGUGGUGGUGCAUAGGCGAAAAACGGACGACCUGUACAAGGACAUGGACGAUAUUAGAGAAAAUAUUAUUAAUUACGAGGAUGAAGGGGGCGGCGAGGUCGACACCGGUUACGACCUGAACGUUUUGAGGACUAUUUACGACGCUCCGCCCAUCGAUUCGAAAAUUGCACCUGUCGGAUUGCAGGGAAGAGCUCCCGACGAAGUUCCAGACAUUUGCGGCUUCUUGGACGGCAAGAAGGAGAGCUGCGACAAAGAUCCCGACACGAAUCCGUUCGACGACGUGAGGCACUACGCGUACGAGGGCGAAGGCAACUCCGAGGGCUCCUUGUCGUCCUUAGCUUCGUGUACCGACGACGGAGACCUCAAGUUCAACUAUCUGUCGAAUUUCGGACCGAGGUUCCGAAAACUGGCAGACAUGUACGGCGAAGAGCCCAGCGACGAGGAGAGCGACGGCGUCGGGGAACGGGAGAGCGAGAGCUGGUGUUGAGCCACGAGAUCGAUCAAAUUAUCACGGAAUCAUUCGCGAGUUUCUCUCAUUUUGUACUUAACCGACGCGAGGACUUUAUUUUGCGUUUUCACGUCGCCGUAGCUCGACCAAGGGGACACGGACCAGGGACAACUUCCUUUCCCUUUCGUCGAGUUUUACGUUUCACGGAUGCCAAAGCGGCAAAAGACAAACUGGACACAAAGUAUUUUGCCGACAACGACGACACUCGUUCGCGCGCGUUUCGUUUCGACGGACUGUCGCGACGAUGGGAUCGUCGCGUAUUAUUUUACUUGCAGGGACCGACGGUUUUCGUUGCAGCGAGCGAAGAAAUCAAAUUCCCGCCGUGUUUUGGCGGGGGGAACGGUUCCCUCGUUUCGCGCGACCACGAGUCGAUGGAGGUCGAGGGAUUAGGGUAAACGACGAAACGAACGAUAUUGUAUUUUGUUUCUACGCGGCUCGUAUCGAAACAGAAACGAACCACGCUAUCUUUUAUUUUGUUAUUUGUUUUUUCGAAAUCGUCGGACAGCGAUAAAAGGUCAUAGAGAUACCCUUAAAGGGGCACGCCACUCGAACGGCUCAAAAAACGAUUGAAUUUUAAUUUUCUUUCCUCAGGUUAAAUCUUCAUUAUUUAUGUUGACAUAUAAACGAGUCAUCCAAAUGCAGUCUUCUUUUAUGGAUUGCACAACAAUCUGCAGUGCAAUUUUUCUCAAAAUUUAUAGUUUACUCUCAUUCCAAGUAUAGUCACCUCUCCUACAGUCUACCAGAAUGCAUUUAAAGAACGUAUGGUUACAUAGUUUUCCAGUAUUAUUUCUACACGCAAAGUCAAGGAAGUACAUUGACGUUGAAAAGAAACCCACGUGCUAUACCUUUGUCAAUUAUUAGAAUUUCAAACAAAUCCCUUUGAAGCAACGUUUUAGACGCAUGAAACUUUGUAAAAAAAAUGCAAGAAAAUUCUUUCGAGACCGGCUGGGUGGUGUGCAACCCCUUGAGGACGCAACGGCCAAGAAAGACUGCGACUGUGUUCAUUGUACCAGUUGAAACGACAAGUCCUCGAGCAGCUAGUAGUAACAGGAGACGAUGCUAUUUUUUAAUUUCAACAGUAAUGUCGCGUGCAUUCCGACAGCGAGCCAGAGAUGGACAAAAUUUUCUCUGAACA